AUGCGCCGGACGUCACGGCCCAACUACCCCAAGGAGCAGUGGAUAAACGACCAGGAUGCGACGCUCAUGUGGAAGUACUUCACCCAACUCGUCGUGCGUGCCGACGACGGACCCCGCGACGGCCUGCACGCCGGGCUACUACGGCACAACAACCUGCGCCUGAUCGUGCGCAACACGGGCCACGACUUCAUGGGCCGCAGCACGGGCUGGGGCGCGCUGGUCAUCAACACGCACAGCUUCCAGGACGUCGAGUUCACCAAGAGCUGGGCCGGCGGGUCGUGUGGCUACAAGGGCAGUGCGGUCACCGUCGGUGCUGGUGUGCAGGGGCGUGCGCUGCUCCGGCAAGCCGUCGCGCAGGAUCCCCCGGUCACGGUGGUGACUGGCGAGUGUCCGACCGUGGGCAUCGCGGGCGGUUUUGUUCAGGGAGGUGGCCACGGUCCGUUGACCACCAUCUUCGGCUUCGCCGCGGACAAUGCCCUGUCGUUUGAUGUCAUCACAGCCGAAGGCGAGUUCGUGACGGCAAACGCGAAGACGAAUCCCGAGCUCUUUUGGGGGCUCAAGGGCGGCGGUCCCGGUUCCUACGGUGUUGUCGUGUCGGCGUCCUUCAAGACUUUUCCCGAGCACCAAUCGGCGGGCGCGACGCUGUACAUCAACUCGACGCUCACGAACGAUACUGAGCUGUUCUGGGAGGGCGUGCGCAUCUUCCACAGCCACGCGAACUACUUUGUUGACAACGGCUUGUAUGUGUAUUUCUCAGUCGGCCCCGGCAGCCUGCGUGUGCGUCCCUUUGUGGCCUACAACCAGACGGCUGCGGAGCUCGAAGCCGUGCUGGCGCCCCUGAAGUCCGAUCUCAGCGCAGCGGGCGUACCCUUCUACAGCGCCCCGACAAACCAGUACGCCACCUUCUUCGACCUGUAUCUGGACUUAUUCGAGGACGAGACGGCUGGCCCGCCGACGCUCACGAGCGGGUGGACGUUUGGGCGCACCGAUAUCGAGGACAACAACGACGGCAUCAUCGAGGCCUUCAAGACGGCGCUCAGCCCGCGCGCCGAUCUGGUCAACCAGGGGUACAUGGUCGGCCACCUGUUCGGUGCGGGCCACGCCUCCCAGCCCGCGGGCAUCAGCGCCACGAACCCGAGGUUCCGCGACUCAUCCGACCUCCUUCUCUACCUCAUUCCUCUCCCCGAAGACGCGACGCUGGAGCAGAAGGCGGAUAUCCAGGAUCUGCUGACCAACACGGUGGAUCGGGCCAUGAAGGACGCGGCGCCGAACGGGUGUGCGUAUGUGAACGAGGCAGAUCCAUACCAGGAGGAUUGGCAGAAUCACUUCUGGGGACCGACCGUGUACCCGAAGCUGCAGAGCCUGAAGGAGACAUGGGACCCGAACGGCGUCUUCUAUGCUCUGUCGACGCCUGGGACGGAGCAGUGGGACGUUAUUGAGUACGGGACCCGGCUGUGCAAGCGGUUCGGCGGAGUUCUGCACGGUGCCGUUCUUCUUCCCCCCGGCGCGGGCCUCGGCCGACGCGGUGCUGCUCAAGUCGCUGGACAGCAUGAUGAAGCUCUUAUCGGCGUGGCUGGGAAGCAAGGCAGAGAAAAGCGCACGGCGUCGAGAGGCUGCCUUGGACGGCCUCGCAGUCGUGUUGGCCCUGUCUUCUUGCCCGAAAUUGUCGUCGUCGCCCGUGAGGCUCAGCCGCUCGCUGAAUCGAGGUGCGACUCGGUUGAAGAGGGGGCGGAAGGUGACAAUGGACGCGCAGAAGAUGCCCACGUUGGGUUCUAUCACGCCGUACAAGGCGCUGCCGACCUUGUCGACGAGGAAGUCCAUGGCGAUGGUCAUGCCAAGCUGAGCAUAAUACACCGUGGUUCGAUUCAAGCAAACGGCGCCCUCGACGUUAGAAUCCCACAAGGCGUGAAAAGGCCUGCAAAGGGAGAGGUGAAUGCCGACCAUGAGCCGAAGGCGAAAGCGAAGACCAAGGAGUCGAGGACGGGGGAUGAUCCGGCCUCCACAUCCGAGAGGGCCCAGAAAGCCCAGAGGGCCGAGACGAAAAGGAAAGCUUGCUUGCUUACAGGCACCCAUGAAACCGGACAUGGCGAUGGAGCAUGCCAUGGCGCAAACAAUGCAAUAAUCCUCGAAAAAGCGCACUCCUACUAUAACCCGUCGUGUGUACAUCCGCAGAGCGACUGUGAUGGCCGCGAUGAUGGGCGACAGGAUGAUGGCCGCAGCCACUCCGUUAGCGCGGGAAUCGUCGCGUCCCAUUUCAAAAACCAGACCUCUCCAGCAACCCGAGCCUGGAGAGAACCAACCCCCCUUGAGUGA